GCCCUGGCCCCCAGCUCCCACCGGGUCGGCCCGGCUCAGCCAUGAUCAAGGCGAUCCUCGUCUUUAACAACCACGGGAAGCCGCGGCUCUCCAAGUUCUACCAGCCCUACAGUGAAGAUACACAACAGCAAAUCAUCAGGGAGACAUGCCAUUUGGUAUCUAAGAGAGAUGAAAAUGUUUGUAAUUUCCUAGAAGGAGGAUUAUUAAUUGGAGGAUCUGACAACAAACUGAUUUAUAGACAUUAUGCAACAUUAUAUUUUGUCUUCUGUGUGGAUUCUUCAGAAAGUGAACUUGACAUUUUAGAUCUAAUUCAAGUAUUUGUGGAAACAUUAGACAAGUGUUUUGAAAACGUCUGUGAACUGGAUUUAAUUUUCCAUGUAGACAAGGUUCACAAUAUUCUUGCAGAAAUGGUGAUGGGGGGAAUGGUAUUGGAGACCAACAUGAAUGAGAUUGUUACACAAAUUGAUGCACAAAAUAAACUGGAGAAAUCUGAGGCUGGCUUAGCGGGAGCUCCAGCCCAUGCUGUAUCAGCUGUAAAGAAUAUGAAUCUUCCUGAGAUCCCAAGAAAUAUUAACAUUGGUGACAUCAGUAUAAAAGUGCCAAACCUGCCCUCUUUUAAAUAA